AUGUCCGCAGAAAUAGCGGAAAAAUUAGAUGGAGAGGUUAGACUGAUCUCGGACCCUCGCACUGAGACAAUCCUCGUAGCAAAGGACUGGCAGCAGUACAUAGCAGGAGGUUUGCGAGAAGGAGGGUACAUUGGAAAAGGAUAUUCAAAGUUUGCAUUUGAGGGGCGACUCGGAACAAUACCAGUCGCUAUCUUCCAAAUGAGGCCAAUUGGAGAUCCUAGCGACCGGGACUUAAAUCAACGGGAUAUGAUAGCUGAACUCCGUAUAUUGGCACUCGGGCAAUACUUCCUGGAUGCCUUCUACAGGCGUGUGAAGGCCUAUCAUGUCAAAGGCCUUCCUGGUACCUUUGUUGGUCAAGUGACAUCUGAGCUCCCUCCACCUCCGGCCUCCAUUGCUGACAAGGAUACGAGAAGUUUACUAUACGACAUGUUUCUCGCUGCGCCACUGCUUGAAACCAGGGACAUUGAACCUGGGUACAAAGAAGUGAAGUACUCAGGCACUGACUGUGCCGGCCAGAACACAGAUACACUCGGAGUGGCCAUUGAUGCAUUUGCGCAUCACACCCUUGUUGAUAGUCAGGGAACACUUGUUUUUGUUGAUUUACAAGGUCUCAUAAAGCUGAGUGGUAAAUUCGUUAUCUACGAUCCACAGAUUCAAAGUCUCGAGGGCUCAGCAGGAUUCUAUGACAAGGGAAAGGCAGGGAUCGACACAUUCAUCAAACAACAUACAUGCAAUGGUGUUUGUCGCGCUCUAGGACUUGAUAAGGAGUCGAAAUACCCCGCCGCAGAGGGCCGUGGCAAGACUCCAGUCGUGGGAUGUUCGUCUGUCAGUGUUGAAAACAUCUUCUUGCCUAGAGGCCAACAAGGCCCACUUCGCCAUGGGUUUCCAUCCGAGUAG